GCGUCCAGGAGAUGGAGCGUCUUCGUCUGAAUUGACGAGAAAGUCGGUUGAAGCCGUGCCGAUGUGCGAAUACGAGAAGCCAGUACUUCAGGAGCAGCAGCACGACGUUUCGGCAUCUCGGUCCGAGCAGCUGUACUUGCCGUCCCCUUUCGGGCCCCGAAUGCUGCCCUGCCGCGUCGCUGACGACAGCGACGCAGCCCGCAUCGAUGCGGCCACUCUGCCUCGCUGCCUUCCAACCGUUCACGAAAACAUCGAGCUAGACGCGGGAAACUGCGUGGAGCGGUCCGCCUAUGAUGUGCCUUUCGCACCUAGAGAUUCACUGCAAAAGCUUGCGGAACGUGACGACCUUCUUGCUUCGGCGGAGCGCCUGACUACGGCGAAACAAGACUUCUCACAAGCGCAACUCAUCAGCAAGGUUGAAGAGAGCACCGAAGCGGAGGCACACAAAUAGCCACAAGGUCUUUAGAAAUUAAUGAAAUCUAAC